UUCGCCGCACUUAUAAUUAAAUGUCGGUCGCAACGUGAAAUUUCCGCAGAAUUCUUAAGAAAAAUUAACAAAAAUACCGUGAAAACUUGAAAAAAAAUCACAAUUAACAAAACAUUUUUGUAAAAUUAUUAUUAAACAUAAACAAUUUUAUAAAAAAACUAAAAUUGUCUUAAAAUAUCUAAAGAAACAAAGACAAUUUGAGACAACCAACAGAAGCAGAUUAUUCAAGUGAAUUUUAGUAAAAUCUGUUUCUGUUUUACAAAAAACUUACAGCACUUUAAAUUUAUCCAGAAAUAUAGAAAACAUAUAAAAGAACGCUAAGUAGAAGAAGUUAGGCAAACAUAAGGUGCGUGUGCGAAAUUGAAUUAUGACGCAGCAUACGCAACCAGUUGGUGCUGGUCAACACCAACACCAGCAACAUCAGCAGCAAACUUCUACGCCACAGCAACAACAACAACAUCAAACAACAACGACACCAAACACUAACAACAACAAUACGAGCAAUAAUAACAAUUCUUCAACAACGCCUACAACCACAAAUAACAAUCAAACUCAAACUGUAGCUGUACAGCAACAACAGCCACAACAUCAACAAAACAACAAUAAUAACUAUCAAUCGCAACAACAACAACAAAAUGCCACUGGUGGCCAAAUAUUUAAUCCCCAAAUACCCUCAGCAAAUGUUUAUGUACCAACACUUGGUAUGCCAGCAGCAGCCGCUGCUCAUCAUCAUCAUCCACAACAACAUCAUCACCAUCAGCCGGGUGCAAUGUAUCAGACAAUGAUACCAGCCGCCAUACCAAGUAAUGUUUAUGUCAACAAUGUUACCGCCAAUGUGAAUUUACAUGGUUGGCCUCAUACUGUACCACAUGGCGCUUGGGUACAUCCCGGUGGUACACCACAUUAUAUACAUGGAGAUUCGCCAUCAGAACAGGGUGCUCCUGUCAUUCAACCAAUGGGUGGCAUGCCCGUUACUAUACAAGCACCAAAUGCCUUAGGUGGCCCUGUUAUGAAUCCUAAUCACAAUGCUAUCAGUGGUGGUACUCGUGGAUCUCGUCGAGUUCGCGGACGUGGUGGCACUAGUGGCUCAAGACGUGGUGAUUACAAUAUGCAAAGACAUCCUCAACCCGAAGGCAGUCCAGCACCACAACAAGGCGGACAAAAUAAUCCGCAAGAUAUGCAAGGACAACAGACAACAGAUGGUCAACAGAUGAUGACAGCCCUACCACCAUCAUAUGUGCCACAUCCUCAAUAUGCUACCCAUGCACCACAAUAUCCCUAUGCUUAUCCAACUUUCUUUGCACCACAACAACAUAUGAUACAUCCCGGUCAAAGUGCUGCUGCACAACAGGCAACUGGUACUCCACUAUACUUCUCUACAAUGCCUGUUUAUAAUGGACCCCAAAUGUAUAAUUAUGGUUAUUAUUUGCCACCCGUUAUGAAUCAAUCGGAAUAUCAAUAUGGCGAAGAGGUGGGAGUUGCUGGUCCUCUGGGUGAGGAACGUCAGCCUGUGGGUGAAGGCGGCGCGAUGAUGUGGCACCAACAACCGAUAUAUACUGAUGAGUACGGCAUGAGUCCUGCUGAUAUGCAUGCUGUUUCCUCAGAUGAUAUAAAUCAUAAUGCCUCCUCUAUGGGUUCGGCUAAUGAAACACCCAAUCUUUUAAGUCCCAACUAUACUCCCAUGUAUGACCAAAUGACACAACAAAUGGGAGUUAUGCAUAUUUAUGAUGAUCCCCAAAUGGGUCAAAUACAAGUUAUGCAUCCUCAGGCUGGAGUGCCACAGCUGGAAGAAGAAUUAUCUGAAUGUGGUUCACAACCUUCUACAGCACCCAUACAAAUGGUACCAGCUGUUACUGCUGCUGUUCCACCUCCUCCUAUGACUAUAGAACCACAUUUUAUACCAGUCACAGGUGGUGCUAUAAUGCCAAUCGAUGACACUCUCACACCCAUUGCAACAACACCUCAGCAUCAACAACAGAUUCAACAGCCAGCACUUCAUCAACAACAACAGCAGCCAUCAUCAAUCACUGGGGAUAAUAUUAUCGUCGACAGCAAUGUACAAACCUAUGAAAACGUUUCAAACAUACAAGCAGGCGAAUCAGUUACCAGUCUCAAUGAAGAGAUUGUACAACAACCUGCUGCUGACAAUAUAGCAAUCGAAUAUCAACAAUUGCCACAACAACAAACUCAAAAUGUUUUAGUCGAAGCAAUACAAACGGAUAAUUUCAACAAUACCAAUAAAACAUUGAUGACUGAUGUACAAGAAUUGCCAGCAGAGGACACUGAGCAUAUAGUAGUUGCCAAUAAAAGUACAGAUGUGGCGGUAGAAACGGUGGUAGCUACAAAUGUGGUGGCACCUCAGCAGCAACAACAAAUAAUACCACAGCCUGUGUAUCAGCAGCAACAACAAACCGUUCAGGAAAAGCAACAUAAACAGCAAUAUGUAGCCAAACAAAAUGUUCCUCAACAACAGCAACAAUAUCAACAUCAACAAUUGCAAACUCAGCCUGUGACAGCACAACAGCAACAACCAACAGCCCAACCUCAACAACAGCAACAGACACAUUAUCAAGCUUCAACACAACAACAACAUCAACAGCAACAUCAGCAUCACCAUAACCAACAACAACAGCAUCAUCAGCAACAACAAACUUAUGAAAAUCGUAAAUCUUCACAAAUGUACAAUCAACAACAUCAAUCACGUAGUCGUAAAUAUGACUAUCAUCAUGGUCAUGGCUCUACCAGCAGUAAUAGUGAUGCUUCUUCCCAUCAUCAUCAUCAACAACAACAAACACAGCAACAGCAGACAACUAAAACUAUGUCAUGGACAAAUUCCUCACAACACAAGAAAUCCACCAACACAGUGGCAGUAACAGCAACACCCACUGCCAGUCACUCGAGCGGCAGUUACAAUAAACAAUCAAAUGCCAGCAAUACGUCCAGCUCUCAUACUCACUCUACACGCACUUAUACCAAUCAACAACAUCAUAAUUAUCAACAACAACAGCAGCAGCAACAACAAAACUAUCAUUAUCAGCAACAGCAGCCACAAACUAGAAAUUAUGGAGCCAUGAAAAUGCCUUCUUCACCCAUUUCCAGUGCACCCAGCACCAUGGAACGUAAAACCAGUCAAUCAAGUGAUGCUGGCAAGGGUCAAGGAUCUCAAUCUACAUCGACUGCCUCCACAACUGCAGCUCCCCAUCAAUUUCAACAAUCACAACAAACCUCAACCAGCAAUGAUGCUGUACCAGCAGUACAACAUACCACGGCAGCUGCCACCACAGCUAGUGCUGGCUCCGCUGCUGUCACCUCGAUUUCUAACAAGCAGCAUACCCAACAUUAUCCACCAGGAUUCGCUACUAAGAAACAUAGUUUCUCAAAUCAGGGACACAGUGGUCCAAGCACUACCCCAAAUCCUACAACAGCAGCGGUUACCAGCAGCAGCAGUAGUGGUAAUGCGGUGGAAGCCUCCUCAACACCAGCCAUAAAUUUGGCACCACCAGUUUCUGCCACUACACCAGCAGCUCCCUCCACUCAAUCUUGGGCUAGUCUCUUUGCCAGUAGUUCAAAUGCCAGCAAUUCAGCCAGUUCAAAUACGGCUGCCUCUUCUACAAUAAACACAACCUCCACCUCUUCUUCCUCUAAUAUCAACUAUUCAAAGAAACCCAUUGCCAAAGUAGCUCCCUAUGAGGGCAUAACUCCUGUUACACCUCCUCCACCCGUAGUAACCCCGGGUACUUUAUCGUACUCUGCAGCCUCAGCUCAAAACCUACCCACACCCUCUUCGGCUAGCACAGCUUCAACAACUGCCAAAAAACUCGAGCAACAACAAUCACAACGCAACUCAUUGGCCAAUCUAGAUGAAUUCUCUUUGAAAUUUGCUCAAUUUUUAACAUCGUAUAAAAGUGACUGGGCCACCGUUAGCUUAAGACCUAGAGGUCUUACAAAUCGUUCCAACUAUUGUUAUAUCAAUUCUAUACUACAAGCUCUACUCGGUUGUUCGCCUUUGUAUAAUUUAAUACGUUCUAUACCAAAACAAGCUGCCAAUUUGUGUGAGGUUAAGACUCCUACAGUUAAUGCCAUGAUGACUUUUAUGUCAAAUUUCUCUAAUCUACCUAGUGGUUUGCGUUUACGUAACGCCAAAGGAGGUAAAGGCAACAAAGAUGAUUUGGGUGGAGAUUUACAGUGUGAUCCUGCCUUUGAACCCACAGAAAUCUACAAAUUAUGGAAUGAUAGUCGUGAGGAACAUGUUGAGGGUCGGCAGGAAGAUGCCGAAGAAUUUUUAAGUUAUAUACUUAAUAAACUAAAUGAUGAAAUGUUGGAGGUUAUAAAAUUAAUUGCCAAACCAAAUACCGAACAAAAUGGUCAAACUGAACCGGUCGAAGAGGAUGGAGAUGUGUGGCAGAUGAUUUGCAAUAAUCGCAAUAAGGGCAGUGUAACACGUCAAACUGAUUUUGGUUGCACUCCAUUAAGUGAUAUCUUCCGCGGAGAAUUACGUUCACGUCUACAACGUGAGGGAGAGCAUUCAACAGAUGUUAUACAGCCUUUCUUUACAUUGCAACUGAAUAUUGAAAAAGCUGCCUCGGUUAAGGAGGCUUUAGAGAUCUUAGUUGGCCGUGAUCAAUUGGAAGGUGUUACCGGCAGUAAGAGCAAACAGGAGGUGGUGGCCUGGCAACAAAUGAAUUUAGAAAAAUUGCCUCCUAUUUUAAUUUUACACCUUAAAUGGUUCGACUAUCGUUCGGAUGGUUGCACAAAGAUUUUGAAAAAGGUUGAGUUUCCAGUGGAACUGAAAAUUGAUUCAAAAAUUUUAGCUUCCAAGAAGUACUCACAAAAACAACGAGCUUAUCGUCUCUUUGCCGUUGUCUAUCAUGAUGGCAAAGAGGCCACCAAAGGACAUUAUAUCACUGAUGUCUAUCACACCGGCUAUGGCAGUUGGUUGCGUUUCGAUGACAGCUCUGUCAAGCCGGUAAGUGAAAAUCAUGUCCUCUUACCACGGACACCACGAGUACCUUAUUUACUUUGCUAUAGACGCUGUGAUACCAUACCACAGCAAAGCAAUAACAAUCAGAAUAGCUCAUCAACAGGCAAUAAUAAUAAUUCAUCAGGUAAUAGUACACAAUCAUCAUCAGGAAAAUAAAUACAAGAAAAAAAAUGUUGACAAAAAUACGCCAAAAAAAAAUAAAAAUUCUAACGAAAUGAAAGCACAACGAAGGUUUAAUAAGACAAAAAAAUGGAAAAGAUAACACACACGACAAACCAACAAAGUGAUGAAAUAAAAAACUCCAAGACUGGAGGUGUGUACAGCUUAACAAAAUAAAAAUA